AUGAAGACAACAACUUUCCUUACUCUACUUGCCUCUGCUAAUGCACAGCACCACGGUCCCUGGUCGAAAGGUCCAUGGUCUCAUGGCAACUCGAACCCUCUCAUCGUGGAAACGGACAGCGGCACCUAUCGUGGCCUCAUCAACGGCAGUGCACCUCUCGUCCGGGAGUUCGUUGGCAUCCCCUUUGCCCAACCACCCAAAGACGACCUCCGCUGGCUACCACCACAGAAGCUCCACAGUAACGCCAGCCAUGUCUACGAUGCUACGCAGUACCCGCCAUCCUGUGCGCAGUACAUUUCACAAGUUCCCACUGUCUUCAAUACUGUCACUCCCGAGUAUAGUAUUGCUGGACCGAUAUCCGAGGACUGUCUGGCCUUGAGCGUCUGGACUCCUAUGCAUGCGGAGAAGUUACCCGUGAUUAUGUUCAUCACGGGAGGAGGAUUUCAGACCGGAGGCGUUGAGAUCAAUUAUCAAUUACCAUACAAUUGGGUGCAGCGGACGCAGGCACAUAUUGUUGUCACGAUUAACUACCGUCUAAACAUCUUCGGCUUCCCUAAUGCUGCUGGCCUGGACGACCAGAACCUUGGUAUACUGGACCAGCGGAUGGCGUUGGAGUGGGUACGAGACAACAUUGAGGCAUUCGGUGGCGACCCCUCUCGCAUUACUCUUUGGGGUCAAUCCGCCGGAGCUGCAAGCGUAGACAUCAACAACUUCGCCUUCUACGACGACCCCAUCGUAACUGGCUUCUUCCCACAAUCUGGCACCGCGUUCCUGCUCAGUUCCGACGACGAGAUGAACUCGAACUUCACGUUCGUGGCCAGUCAUGUUGGCUGCCACUAUCCCAACGAUGCCGCAAAGGAACUCAGCUGCAUGCGCAAGGUCCCGUGGGAAGACAUUGAAGCCUUUGUCGGUGGGUAUGCGGACAACGGAACCGAGCCUGCGCUGAACUUCAACCCUGUGCCUGAUGAGAAGAUUGUGUUCUCGGACUAUCCACAGCGUUACAGGGAAAACAAGGUCUCGCAGCGUCCAGCCAUCUUCUCGAAUACUGAAGAGGAAGGGAACUCACUUGUUCCGUUCAAGCGCUCUGGCAUCAACGAAACGGCCGCUCGAGAAGUGACGCUCUCCGCCUUCAUCUGCCCGGCCGCUCAGACGGCGAAGUUGCGCACUCAAGCUGGCUUGACGACCUACCGGUACGAGUACUCCGGCGUCUUCGACAACACCGCGCCGCUGCCUUGGAUGGGUCCUUACCAUGCUUCCGACCUGCCGAUGAUGUUCGCGACGCAUCAGGACUAUACGAACGGUGAGGGCCAGUCUACGUCUUUCGAGUACGCGGUUAGUGAACGGAUGGAGGAUCUGGUAUACGCUUUUAUGCUUGAUCCGGAGCAAGGACCGCAGAAGCAGGGGUGGCCUCCGUAUACAAGCGGACAGAUGCUGAGGUUCGGAGCGGAUGGCAAGGUCAUGCAGACUGUCAGUGUUGACAGCGUUGAGGGAGACUGUUCUUCGGCCUCGUGA